GAUCAGUAUGUAACGAGUGAGUUUGAGUGCACACGCUACAGAGAGUGUUCCCAAUCUAAACUGUCUUUUUCAUACUUUCAUACAGAAAAUAAAUGUGUUGCACAAAGGAAGAGCACCGCCUCAUCUUUGAAAAGUGUAACAUAUUUUGGCGAGCCAGAGCCAGGAGGAGGCGACAAAGUGAUCAGCAUCAUUAACCCCCCCUCCUUCCUAACGAGUUGAGCCUUCAACAACAUGGACACCAGUCAGAUCCUGCGUGAUCAAGUGAGUGCAGUUCUGUGGCAGCUUGGGGAAGAGUCUCUCUGGGAUGUCUGCAGGUACCUGAAAUGUGAUGGCCUGGACAGUGGAGAGUCCCGCAGCAGGACACGGAGGGCACUUAUCAAGAUGGCUGAGUGUGUAUUGGAUGAGCUUGAGGAGAAACAAGAGUGUUAUGAAGUUAAACAGUACUGUGCUGAUUUAUUAAUGUUCAUUGAAAGACAAAGUAAAGAGUGUCGUCAACAAGAUGAAGUGUACCCAUCAGAGAAGCCAGCUCCAAAAGAAGAACAGAAAAAAGAUUUUUCACUACACAGCUCUCAUGUAAAGAAAAACGAUUCCCCACUCAAGAGUCGAUUAGAGCCAACUCGCCCAUUGCCUGAGGUAACAUUGCGAAGAGAGUUUAAAAUCUGUGGUCAAAUUGGAGAGAGUGGUCAGAGGGAUAAAUUGUCAUAUCUCAGUUUAGUCCGUCAGAUUGAGCUGGGAAUAGAAAAAGGGCACACACAGACGGAAGUAGUAGAAGCUGUAAUCAGGGCUGUCAGUCCAGGGCUGCCUUUGAGAGACAUGCUAGAAAUCAAGCGUGGUCUGACCCUUAGUUCACUUCUCACCAUCCUGAAAGGUCACUAUCGGGUAGAUAGCUCCACUGAACUUUACCACCAGCUGCUUAACAUCUCUCAAGAGCCCAAAGAAACUGCUCUGAACUUUGUAUUCCGUGCAAUUGAGCUGAAAGAGAAGCUGUUAUGGAAAGCAGCGAAUGAGGACACAGAUGAACAGUACAGCAGAGCCGUCAUUCAACGCAAGUUCCUCCGCUCAAUAGAAACUGGACUUUUAAGUGAUUCUGUGAAAUUCCAAAUUCUACCCUACCUCAGUGAUGUGAGUAUAUCAGAUGAAGAACUUAUACAGAAAGUGGAUGAGGCGGCCAAAGUCGAAAGUGAGAGACAAGAAAAACGGAAAAGAUCCACUGCUGGUAAAACACCCAAAGUGCAGGAGCUUCAAGCAGAUACUCAGGUCAAAUCCACACCUGCCCAGAGCCCCUCUAAACUUAAGGAGUCCAACUCAACAGCAGCGAUCACAACAGUAAAAGGAAACGACACUAAGCCUGACAGCAUGAAUGUGCAUCAGAUGAUGGAAGAACUUCGCAAAGAGAUGAAGCAAAUGUUUCUGGCUGUAAUGGAAGCAAGCCCCCGUCCUCCUGAACAAAAGCGGAGAGCGAAAGGCUGCAAGAAAUGCAGGGAUGAGGGGACAGGUGAGAGCUGUUCGCACUGUUUCAAAUGUGGGCAGGAAGGCCAUUUCUCUCGUGGAUGCAGAGCAUCGUGGGGAAACGGGCAGGGACUACUGAGAUGGGGCCAGCAGUAGUCCAAGAAACAGCGCCCCAAAAUGAGCAGCCAUCACCCAGCCCAGUCAUUCAACCUAUAACAGCCCUUGGAAAGAGAGCAUCUGGUGCCUCAUCAGCUGUAAGUGUAGUUAACUAUAUUCCACCUCGAUACCAGCCACAGUUAGUAAGCCUUGUAGGAAGCCGAUGUAUAGUGGACUGUGUCAUGGACAAUCGCCCAGUUAGAGCCCUGUGGGACACAGGAGCACAGUCCAGCAUAGUGAAUUAACCCUGGCGAAUGAACCACCUCCCCCACACCAUUGUAAAACCCAUCUCAGAGUUGUUGGGGGAUGAGACACUGACAGUCUUUGCUGCCAAUGACACGCCCAUUCCAUAUAUCGGCUGGAUUGAAGUCAGUUUCAGAUUAGGUAGUGACCUCACCAAAAUGAAUGAACUACAAGUCCCAAUGCUUGUGUCAAGUGACCCAGCAGUUGCCAGUGACCCCAUCAUCGGCUACAACGUCAUUGAGGCCAUCAUUAACAGAAAUGAGGAAAAGACGAAAAGGGAAAGAAAGCAGCUGGCACAGAAAGUGAGUAGAGCCCUUGCAAUAACAGUGAAAACUGCUCAUCGUGUAGUUAAGUUGAUGCAGAAUGGUGAGUCAAAUUCAGAGAUUGGUGUAGUUCGUACCGGUGGGAAAAGAGUUCCAUUACCAGCUAACCAAGUCACCACUGUCUAUAUAAGAGCACAUGUGAGUUCACGAGCCCAAGGUCAACAUAUGUUCUUUUCACCUGACUUACUUAAUCCUCCCCCAGAAGGCAUUAUUUACAAUAAUGUACUGGUGCAGAUCCCAGAAAGGAGAGUUCCAUACAUACCCGUCUCCAUGACCAACAUGACUGAUCGCACCAUCUGUCUGGACCGGCACAGUGUGAUUGGAUAUCUGGAACCAGUCAAGACUGUAUACACAGCACCUAUACAAAUAAAUGAGAAUGAUACAGGAGCUGAAAUGAAGGACAGCACAGUGACAAAGCCUAGUGAAGCAAGUAGCACACCACAACCAGAUAACACUCAAGCACGUAGACCAACCUCAUGGGACCCUCCUGUGGAUCUCUGCCAUCUCUCAGAAGGACAGCAAGAGGUGGUGAGGAGGAUGUUGCGGGAGGAAUGUGAGGCAUUUUCCUUUGACAGUGACGAUGUGGGUUGUAUACCAUCACUCAAGUUGCAUAUUACCCUCCAUGAUACGAGCCCUGUUCAAAAGACCUACAUGUCCGUUCCAAAGCCUCUUCACAAUGAAGUUAAGGAGUAUCUACAGGAUUUGUUGAGAAGAGGAUGGAUCACACCUUCUCGAUCCCCUUAUUCAUCGCCAGUGGUGUGUGUCCGGAAGAAGGGAUGGUAGUCUUUGUCUCUGUGUUGACUUCAGAGAACUAAAUCGUAAGUCAGUCCCCGACCGCCAUCCGAUUCCAAGGAUUCAAGACAUGUUGGAUGCUCUAGGUGGGAGCUCGUGGUUUUCAGUCUUAGAUCAGGGUAAAGUGUACCACCAGGGUUAUCUGGAUGAGGAGAGCCGUCCUCUCACAGCUUUCAUCACACCCUGGGGGCUCUAUGAAUGGGUGCGCAUACCCUUUGGCCUGAGUUCGGCACCCGCAGAGUUUCAGAGGAGCAUGGAGCAUUGUUUGACUGGGCUGAGAGACACAAGUUGUCUCCCAUACCUCGAUGACAACCUGGUACACAGUUGUAGCUUCGAGGAGCACGUGGAGCACAUCCGUCUUGUUCUCCAGCGUUAUAAGGAACAUGGUGUGAAGCUGACCCCAAAGAAAUGUGAGCUGUUUAAAUCGAGUGUGAGGUUUCUUGGCAAGUUGGUGACAGGAGAGGGUUACACAAUGGACCCUGCAGAGAUGGCUCCAGUGCAGGCGUUAAAGGAGAAGACCCCUGUUACAGUGGGUGAUGUACGCCAGAUCCUUGGGUUCCUCUCCUACUACAGAUCAUUCAUCCCAAAUUUCUCCCGUGUGGCCCACCCACUGUAUAACUUACUCACUGUCCCGAACCUCGAGAAGAGGAUGUGCCACUACAAAGCGAAGAGGAUGUGCCACUACAAAGCGAAGAGGAUUUGCCACUACAAAGCGAAGAGGAUUUGCCACUACAAAGCGAAGAGGAUAUGCCACUACAAUCUCAGCGACCUGACUUAAGUCCUGAUAGGCCUGAGCAUGGUGAAUCCGAAGCCGAUUCUCUGGUUCUGAUGCAAAGGGAGAAACAGGUGGUAAGACGGCGACCCCAGAGACUGAGACACCAGCCUGUGGUACUGAGCUAUGAUACAUUGGGUCAACCGUCCUUGGUACAAAGAAACUGUAAGGUAACAGAGACUCAAGUAACACAGACUAAUGGUUACUGGAGGCCUUGGAUGGCUGAGGUGUUCUAAAGUGAUGUUUUCCUUGUUCACGGAAAUGUCCGGAGACAUUUAAUUUUGUGGGGGAGAGUGUAGCCCUGAGUGUUCAUUGCCCCUUUAAGAGACACAUAUAAACAUUGCCCCUUUAAAUUUUGAUUUCAGUAACUGAGUUCUGAUGAUAAGAAUUACGUUGACAUUUGGUGAUAAUACUGUUGUGAUGUAUUUUAGAAAAAAGUGUUACUGUUGUGAAACUCAGCUUCACCGAUAGAGGGCACCCUAAGCUGUACACUCAGCUGAGGAUUGGUAACAGACGCUAGUAGAGUGAAAGAGCGAUCAGUAUGUACCGAGUGAGUUUGAGUGCACACGCUACAGAGAGUGUUCCCAAUCUAAACUGUCUUUUUCAUACUUUCAUACAGGUAAGCUGACGAAAUUCACCUUGUAGUAAUUCACAGCGGUAUUAUGUGCUUCUAAAACUGUAGUUCUUCAAGAAACAUAUUGAGAUGUUCAAUGUUACACUGGUUCAGAGUUUUUGCACCUAAAAUGGCGGACGAUCAGAUUAACAAUCCUGAUAAAAGAUCAUAACUUUCUGCAUGAGUGAAAAUGAGUAGUAAGUGUGUAAAAAUACCAUGAUUCACAUAAAAAUGUCAGAUAGGUGAUGCACUAAAUCGAUGUUGAAGAACCUGAAGUAGUUAUGUAGUGUUAAAGAAGUUAAGCUAAAAUGCACACGUGUGAGUAGGCCUGUAGUCAUCCCACUCACGUGUUAACUUUAUUCAGAGUCAUUCCAUCAUAAGCCAUUAACUGUGAGAAAGAGCAUUUCAUGGUGUUUUAUUAAUCAGAAAUCAGAUUCUGUGUGUUAAUAAUUUUAGAAUCCAUUUGCUGAGAAUGUAAUGUUAAAAUAUAGAAACCAUUAUUGGGUUAAAACUGUGAUUAAAAUAAUUAAUAAAAUGAUAAAAAGAGCAAUAAGAAAAGUUUAUACAAUUUAUAAAUGCUGGAGUAAUGCAGUUAUAUACUGAAUUGUGAUUUUCAGCAUUUGAGUAUAGAGUUUCACUGUAUUUACCUGUAAUUGUUACCAGAGUCUAAUGUGAUACUUUAAUGUUAUUUACUAUACUUGCUUCUGCACAGUGUAAGAUUGGGUAUUGAAGAUGUUUAGAUUUAUUGUAUUACAGUGUUAAUGGGUUUAGAAAAGGUAACUUUAAGGAUAUUGUAAUGUGUGUGUCCCAGUUAAUGUCAUGAAUAUGCAUAAAUGCUUGCACUUUGAGACAUUAUUUUUGAUAUUGUUAAGAAUACUGAAGCUAGUAGAGUGAAAGAGCGAUCAGUAAGUAACGAGUGAGUUUGAGUGCACACGCUACAGAGUGUUCCCAAUCU